CUUUAAAGGUAUCGGCAAUCCCUUGCUCAGUUCAUCUCCAAAAACUCAGUUCAUUUCUUGGCUAGGCCACGCCACACCAACCUUUUUUUCUCUUUAGCGGAGGGAGAUAUCUAGAAUUAAUAAGCUUCAUAGCUAUGGCAAACUUAGGGGCCGGAUCGCAUGGUGAUGCUGCCCGAGAAACAGGAGGUGAGUACCAAGUGUUCUUGAAUUUCAGAGGGUCCGACACUCGUCAUGGAUUCACUGAUUUCCCUUACCGCGACUUGAUAUAUGCCGGAGUCCGUGUAUUUAGAGACGAAGAUGAACUCCAUGAAGGUGAAGGGAUUGGUGACAACCUUCUUCACGCCAUCAACCACUCCAUACUUUACAUAUCCAUCUUCUCUAAGAAUUAUGCUUCUAGUAAGUGGUGCCUUCGUGAGCUUGCGCUCAUGACAGACAUUGUGUCUAAGUCACAGGGUCAAAAAAGUAUCUAUCCCAUUUUUUUCGACGUGGAACCUAAAGAUGUUAAACUUAAGACUUCACUAUAUAGUGAUGCUUUAAUAGAGCACAAGAAGAAGUUUCUCGUCGAAGUCAAUGACUGGAGAAAGGCUCUUGAAAAGAUUGAUGAAAUCAAGGGAUGGAAUGUGAAGAAAGACCAAAGCCAAGCAAAGAUUGUCGAAUCAGUUGUUGAAAAGGUAUUGGAGAAGCUGGAGACAAGACAAAAAUUAGUGCCUGAACAUUUAGUUGGACUUGAUGACCGGGUAAAACACUUGACAGAAUUAUUAGAUGUCAAUUAUCGUGAUGUGCGGCUCAUUGCAAUUUAUGGAAAGGGUGGCAUUGGAUCUAGGAUAAUUAUUACAACAAGAAAUAUAGCCAUUUUGCAAGUUGAGGGAUUUAAAGGUAAAAUUCUACCGUUCGAGAUGCUAAAGAUGGAUGAUGGUCUUGCACUUCAACUUUUUUGUCGGCAUGCCUUUGGUAGAGACAUUCCUCCAUAUGAUUAUCAAGAAAUUUCAAGUGAAAUUGUCUCAAGUACUGGAGGGCUUCCAUUGGCUAUUGAAGUGACAGGUUCAUUACUUAGAAGGAGAGAUGAAGCAUUUUGGAAAGAGACGUUUGUCCGGUUAAGGAAUGUACCUGAGGAAGGGAUUUUAAAAAAGUUGAGGAUUAGCUAUGAUGACUUAGACGUAUAUCAACAACAAAUAUUUCUUGAUAUAGCAUGCUUCUUUUUCAAUAAAAGUAAGAUUGAUGCAAUUUACAUGUGGACCGAUUGUCAAUUUUAUCCUGAAAGAGGAAUUGAGGUCCUCACCAACAAAUGCUUGAUAAAGAUAUUCGACAAUGAUAAAUUUUGGAUGCACGAUCAACUCAUAGACAUGGGAAGGCAAAUCGUCCGUCAAGAAAAUCCAAGUGAUCUUGGCAAGCGGAGUAGGCUAUGGACUACAAAUGAGGUCCUUGAAAUAAUAAAAAUCGAAGAGAGGAAGGACAAGGUUCAAGCGCUUCAAAAAAAUGGACGGGACCACUCCAUAGAGAUAACAAAUGAAGACUUUGAAAGGUUUCCAAACCUAAGACUCCUCGAGUUACAGCAUGGAACUUUUUGCUAG